AUGACAUCGCAGACUUUCUCCUUUGCUGGAUUCCAAGACUUCUUCCCAAACUACCCUCAUAUAUACAACACUGCGAACAUCACGGGGAUACGUUGGCCACCAUUAGUGGUAUCCCACCGGAUACACGUUCCAGGCGAAUUUCAUUAUACAGGACACUUUGCACCGUUUGAUUCCGAACAUAAUGCAGCUCAAAUUUUGGAAAAUGAGCGUAACCGGCCAUUCAAAGUGGAGAAAUCAAUGCUUGGCCACUCUCUCAUAGAAAAACAUGACUUUGAAAAUCCCCGACCUGCCCCGCAUGCGAUAACCAUACCUCUGCGUGAUGUAGAGGAACCCAUAGGCAAAGAUACCUCUGGCUCCAUGACCAGCAUAGUCAGAUCUACCAAUGACGCAGUCCAGGCAUACCCAAUUUCUUCAUCGUGUGGGGCGUUUUCUCCAGAGCUAGACGCGAAAAGGGAGCGGCAGGGCUCAGAUUUUGGUGAAACACUAAAUAUUCACGAAGAAUAUACCUUCCCGCUACCUGCCCAGUCUCGGGAUGAUUUCCCUCCCCGGAUCGUUCAAUCAUCAGCACUCAAAACCAUGCCCCCUACUUUUACAAACCCAUUCGAUGGUAACAAAAAGAUCGAAUUUCGCGAAACGUGUCCCGGGGAAGUGAUCUAUUCCACCGAGCGUGCUUGGACUCAGAGGAACUAUUUUGGUUCAGAUGAUGACGAGGUAUACAUACCGCUUGAGAGAGGAAUGAGGUCGAAGUUUUCCACUUAG